AUUAUUGAACGAGUACCAAGAAAUGAAAAAAAUAGUGAAGUAUUUCAUCCAUGAUUUACAUCUUUAUGUUCUUUAUCUCUUCGUUUUCAUAAUAUUAUGAUUCCAUAUUUCCAUAGCAUUGAAUAUUGAUUGCAGGACUACUGGCGGAGUGAAAUGCGCUGUCCAUUAACUUAUUACAGUAGUUAUAUCUUAGUUUAUGGUUUAUUAUUAUAGUUUUUACAUAGGUCUAUGAUAAAAGCAUAGAAAACUAAUAAAGCCAACAUAGCCAGUAUACUUUAGUCAUGCUUUAGACUUUAGAAUUUAGUAUACUUAUCUAUGAACAUAGCUAAAUAACAGAAAAAGUUGUACCUAGUUGAAAAACAAACAAUGAAGAGGACAUAUUAAUUCAAUAUGGAACCAUCAAGAACAACUACUGAUGAUUGCGCGAUCAAUUCCAAGUGAGCAAUUACAACAAAUGUGUUAUGAUAUAAUACACAGUUCUAGAGUGUUGUCAAUCCCACUUAUUAGAUAAUAUGAUGAUCAAAUAUUUAAUGGAAGUAUUGAACAGGAAAAUAUUGAAGAUCGAGCAUUUAAUAGAAUUACAAAAGAGGAAAACUAAUGAUGAAACAGACCAUAACAAGGAUAGUCAUAUCAAAUAGGGCACGGAUCCAGAGGAGGGUGCUAUAGCACCUUGGCAUGUUGCUUCCUGGAAAACAAAUGCUCUACACAACAUGUAUUUUUCAGUAGGCUUGGGACAUUUCUAAACAAAAUUAGUACCAAAAAUUGAAUUGCCACCUUUUUAAAUAUUCAUUUUUAGGAUUAAAAACAAGUCUUGUCAUCAGGAUGGAGUAUACAGAAUACGAGACCUUAACCUAAGCAGGUGGAGAAUAGUUUGAUUACAAAAUUGUAAACAACUGAACCAGCUUGUAGGUAUAGUUUUGGGUGUCUUAGGCGAGUCCCCCAUGAUUACACCGGACAGGACCAUAUAGUCUUAAACUUUAAAGCAUAACAAUUAUUUUCAAUCGUGGUUUGUUUCAGUUGUCAUUCACUCAUACAUCAGUAAUGUAUGCAUUAUUAUCACGAUUUCAGUGCUUGGCGCUGGCAAAAUACCUGAGUCGUCUAUCGUAUUAGUGUUAGAUAAGCUUUAAUCUCAAUCCAACGUAUACCAAUAAAUAAUAAAUAUAUGUACUUAUUAUGAUUUGAAUUACUUAAUAUUGUAAAAGUGAUUAUAUUUGUAACUAACAUUUUUUUUCAAUCGAUAAAUUAUGAAUAGUGGCCUGCUAAGGAAGCUAUGCCCCAUUAAAUAGCUCAGGAAACAUUUUUAAACCAGCUAGUCUAUGACACGAGAAUAUGAUUAAACAGAAAGACCUAAGCCUUAUAAAGAGUGAAGAAAAUGUCGUACGAGUAUAAUAAUUGUCUACAAUCAGUAAUGAACAAUUUAAAAAUUUAAAGAAACGCAGGUUAUGUGCAGCAUAACAUAUGUGGUUAAAUUUUCUUUGAAUAAAGUUUUCUAUUGUUUGUAAAUUGGGCGCAAAUGAGUUGUAGCUCCUUAGCACCCCCCAUAAAAAAUAUCCUAGAUCUGCCACUGUUGACUAAAUGUAUUAAUAAAAUCUACAUAGUAUGUAAUUAUAUUUAUUUUCCUUUAUAUGAUAAAGGUUAACAUUUUUAAAAUACCUCAUUUUAUUUUUUUAGAACUAAAACCGAAGAUUAAGUUAACACAAUUGUUACCUAAAUAAAAAUCAAAGUAUUCAAUUAUUGACGGUUAAUAAUUUAAGGAACAGUUUUAAACAAAAUCAACUCUUCAGCAUUCAUUACUUGUAUGAAUUCAGACGAGACAUCCAACUGUUUGAGGGCAAAUCCAUUGACUGAUCAAUGAUAAAAUGUCUAACACAUCAAAUUUAACUGCAGAUACUAGGACACAUAACGGAGAAAAACCACAUAACUGUAAUCUCUGUGAUAAAAGCUUUUCUACAUCAUCAAAUUUAACAAAUCAUACAAGGACACAUACCGGAGAAAAACCGUAUAAGUGUGAAAUCUGUGAUCAAGCUUUUUCUCAGAAACCAAAUUUAAAAACUCAUACAAGGACACAUACUGGAGAAAAACCGUAUAUAUGUGAUAUAUGUAAUCAAUCUUUUUCUAAAUCGAGUAUUUUAAAAACCCAUAAAAGGACACAUACGGGUGUAAAGCCUUAUAUAUGUGAUAUUUGUAAUCAAGCUUUUUCUCAAACACAUCAUUUAACAAGACAUACAAGGACACACACCGGGAUUAAGCCUUAUAAAUGUGAUAUUUGUGAUAAGGGACAUUCUACAUCAAUAGAUCUUACGAGGCAUAAAAGGACACAUAGUGGAGAAAAGCCAUACAAAUGUGGUAUCUGCGAUCAAGCUUUUUCUCAAGCAUAUCAUUUGACAAGACAUACAAGGACACAUACCGGCGAAAAGCCAUAUAAAUGUGAAAUCUGCAAUACAAGGUUUUCAGGAGCAUCAGAUUUAACAAAACAUACGAGGACACAUACCAGAGAACAACCUUAUAAGUGUGAUAUAUGUGAUCAAGCAUUUUCUCAAGCACAUACCUUAAAGUCCCAUAAAAGAACACAUACGGGAGAAAAGCCGUAUAAAUGUGAUGUCUGUCAUAAAGUUUUUUCUCAAGCACAUCAUUUAAAAGGGCAUACAAGGACACACACUGGAGAAAAACCGUUUAAUUGUGAUAUCUGUGAUCAAGUUUUUUCUCAAGCACAUAGUUUAAACACCCAUAAAAGAAUACAUACCAGUAUUGAGCCGUAUAAGUAUGUUAUCUGUGAUUUAGCGCUUUCCCAUGGGAAAAGAUAAUAUUAAAGUUUAGACAAUUAUUGUAUCUCUGACACUCAUACCAGAGUUAAUAGAAUUAAACCAUGUAUAUAUUUUGAAAAUGUCAUUAUUUUUGUCAAAUCAAUCAAUUCAAUUCUUAACUAAUAAAGUGUGUCUAAUCAUAGAAUUAUGUCCAAUGCAUACAUCCAACAAUAAAAAAAAAAUAAAUAAAUAAAUAAGACAACCAUAAGCAAUCCAAUUAAAAAAAGGGAUUUAUAAAUGGUUGUUACUGUAUAAUUCAGUACUUUAAGUACUCAACUAAUGGCUCUUUCUGAACCAGUAAUAGGAUGUUACCAAUAACAACAACAACAAUAGUCAGCACAAAAUAAACAAAAGCCAACCCAUGUUGCUUCUUUCGGUUAACAUCAGGCAUUGAUUAUGCCUCAAAUACAAACACAAGUAGUCAAUAACCAAUAACUGCACCAACUUCCAUUGAUAGUUAUGCCAGUCAUCUAUUCAAAAAAUUCAAUCACAGCCAAAGUAUUUAAUUCAUCAGCAACCUAUACAAACUAAAAGUUAAGAAAGUGUUCAACAUUAACGAUCUGUUACCCAUACUACUCCUACAACACUACCUAAUGGUGAUAUUCUACAUAUGUAGGCAUUUAUGACUCAAGCUGCACUUCAAUAUGAUUGUGCAGUACAAACCAACACUACCAUCAGCCGAAUGGACAAUAGGCAAUUAAUUGUUCAACAUAUCCAGGAAAACCUGUUCAACUACAAAUUAUGAUGACUCAAAUAAAUCAGUUCCAAAAUCUUCAACCCUGAAUCAUACAAAACCUGCAGUCACAAGUUAUUGAGGCAUCUACACAACUGUUGUUACUCCUACAGCAUAUCCUAAAAUGAUGAAAAUGAGCCCAUGCAUGCAGUGUUGCUGUUAUUAACAGAAGUGUUUGAAGUAGACGAACAACAUUAAUGGCUUUGGGAAUAAUUUGUUAUGUUACUACAACAUAUUAUUAGGGCUUUGUUUAGUCAUGUAGUUAACGGGAGGUUCAAAAAGUAUAAGACUACUGUUGAAAUUAGUUUCCUUAUUAACUUAUAUUCGUAUACACUUUAAUAUACUAUGUAUGUACAAUUUUUAACAUAUAAUCAUGUAAAUGAUUUUCAACUAGACAAAAAUAAGCUAAAAAUACUGUAUACAAAUAUACACAGUAUCACGGGAUGGUUAUGAUCUAUAUAUAUUAUUUUUAGUUAACCUCAAUCAUAACAACUUUGUGAUGAGGAAAAAAAAUGUAUUGUUCAACAGUUUUUGCAUAAUAAUAUAUUUCAAAUGUAUAUAAUAUAAAUUUGUUUAUUUUUUAUUUUUAGUAAUAACUAAUUAUUAUUAAUAAAAUAAUAAUUACACAUAACAUUGUUACCCAAUUAUACGUCCUAAUUAUUAUGCUAAAAUACAAGAGCUAUAAGUGGAAGCUGACAGAGGAAAAUUUUAUUCUAUUCUUGAUAAGUUUUUAUGACUGUAAAAUUAUAUGUUACAACAAAAUGUGUAAAUAAAAAUAUUAAUAUAAUACAAA